CUCUCUGAUCGCCUCUUUUUAUUCUCUUUAUUGCGUUUUAUUGACCCGCUGAUGACAAGCAGAAAGUCUCCUUUGCGGGACAGGCUGCUCUCAAAUUCGCCUGACCCGAUUAAAUCCUCGAUCCUCCGCGAAUCUGGAAUGGGGUGGAACACACCAAAUGUACAAGCAACAGGCUCCAUAUCCUCAACAAGCUCUUCCUCGUCGUCGUCCAUAACGUCCCCGCUCAGAAUCUCAAAGCGGGACUCUCCAGCUCGUCCACGAGGCCCAGGCGUUGCCCGUCGCUCGUCGUCCAGCUACAAACAUAUGCAUAACAACAAUCUCGUAUCCAAAUCCCCCUUCAAGUCUCAAAUUCCUACUCCAUCGACUCCAAGCUCCCGCCCCGCCCCAAUUGCGAUAACUUUCCCCACGUCAACGCCGACACGUCGUGUAUCGUCCGAGAAACGACCCCGCCCCGCCUCGUUACACGAGCAGGGAGAGACGGAGAAUGAGCGUCCAUUCUCUCUCAAACGGGACAGGAAGCAAAGCAAGGGCCUGGAAAAGCUCUUGGAGAAGGAGCCAGUCUCUAAGAGCCCCUUCAAAUUGGGUUUGAAGCGCUCACCGUCCGACAGGAACAAGUCGUCACCAAUCAGAGUUCGCCCGCACUCCUAUAUCCCUACCUCGGCAACCCCCUCACGAAUCCCUACUCCCGCAAGAUCCGGCUCCGCAGGUCCUUCGCCAGGAAGGUCUGUACUCGUAUCCCGCCGGAUGCAUGGCCCACGGCGCAGCGGGAGUUUCAAGCGCGAACGACGUAAAACAGUGACUUUUGACGAGCGGUGCGAUGUGGUAGAAUUUGACCGUGAUGAGACGGACGAAGAAGGGUACGAGAGCUACACGGACGACGAGGAGGGGUCAUUCGAGGAGCGCAACGAGGAGGCCCACGACAUCAAAUUACCCAACCUCGCCAUGGACGAGGACUCUAACCAGGACAACGCCGGUCGGGAUGGAGCCUAUGACAGCAACUCCAUCUCAGAGGAAGAGAAGAAAGUCGAUUCCCUCCUCAAUGGGGAUCCCGACGCCAGUAUAACAGGCAUCGUCGACGAAAUGUUUUUCUCACCCAACGGCCUCGUGCCCGGUGAUACUAGUGUUACCUCAUUCACAAACACGCCACCCCGACAUUCCGGUUUGCCCGCUGACUUGGAAACGGAAGAUGGUGUGCCUCUGGGAAGGAGUCACCAUGUCGAGCGGUUCUUGCAGCACCAACAACAUCACUCUCCGCGCUCCCAACCUCCUCAUUUCUCUCCUCGCGGCUCCCCUCAACAUGGCUCCCCACGAACUUCAGGCCUCUACCCCUUCAACCUCAACCUUCCUACUCAUGCAUCGCCUCACGGACCUCCAGUUACCCCGCCAAGGCGAGCCCCUGGCAUGAUGCACAGUACCCCUCCGCUUGGUCGAUCCACUCAUGCCGAGCGAAUCCAACAAAUCCGCGAGGAUGAGCGUGAAGCGGAGGCUGAAGGGGAUGUGAACAUGAUGCCACCCAGCCCGUCUCCUGGUAUGAAGCCAACACGCCAAGCAAGCGUGGAAGACGCCUUGGUUCCACGGUUCGAUAUUGGCCAAGGCACUCGCGAUGCCAGCGUCGACAUCGGCGCAGACCCUUUUGAGCGUUCUAGACUCCAAGACGAAUCAGCACCCGCAGAGAUUUCCACGACCUCGACUCAGGAAAACAAGUCUGCGAAUGUCUCCGUCGGAAGCGCGGAUGUUGACCUCUCACACUUGCUACGGGCUAGGACAGAGUCGCCAAUUGCCAAGGAAACGCUGGGUGUGGAUGGCGAUCGGAAUGAAGAGUUUGAACGCUCAAUGGAUAGAAGCAGCUCCUUCCCAGAUGCUUCAUAUGGUUCGCCCAAUAGCUCCUUCCAAGGUCGCGCAGGCUCGCGGGCAGGCUCGCCUUUCACGCGCGCCGUCUCAGCCUCACCCCUGGUGCGCGGUGGGUCACCGCUGACUCGUGUAUCAUCGCCUCAUCUGGGUGCAAGGCAAAGUCCUACUGGCCUCCGGCCACGCAUUAGCAAGGAAGAUGUCCAAAGGCGUCUUCUGGGACGUCGCAGCUUCCCUUCUCCAUCCAACUCUCCGGAGCCAACCAGAAGUCGACAAUCACCUGCACCAGAGCCCGCUCCCCAAUCUCAACCCCUUCUCCAACCCGCCCAGGACGAUAACCGGGACCGAUUGUCUAUUAUGACCGGCAUGACAGACAUUAGCACCGAAACCGCCAUCGUCACUCAGGCGGAGAGGGUCAAGGUGUCUGUCGGUUCAGGUUCGCUGACCCCCAUCGACUCUGGUCCCGAGACAGAAUUUGGCGCUCGCCCUUCUAGCGAGCGUCUUGGAUUCGACUUUGGCAGCAAGUUUGGUCUCGGAGGUUUGGGUAUCUCGACAGAAACCAGUGUGGUGGAUGUUACGGUUGACGAAGUCUCUCCAACCGCUUCGGAACCGCAGUCAGCCACUCGCCCAGGUUUCACGGAGCGAACUGGAAUGCGGAUGGGUGACAAGGACGUCGAUAUGGACAUGAAGAGUGCCUUGGACCGGUUGAUGGAAGACGUUGCUGGUGGCCCUGUUGACGAUUCUCUCAUGACGGACGAUUCCUUCAUCUCCCAGGACUCCCAGGCUUCCACGAUCUCUGUUCUUCAGGAACCUACCUCCCGCCCCAAGGUGCUUGAGAGAGCGGCAACCGAUACCGCCCUUUUACAUACCUCUUCUUCCAUCGAGGAUUAUGGCAGCCGGACCGUCAGUGGCUCGUCCACCUCCACUCUACCACCACCUGUCCCGCCCAAGGACAGUAUCAAGAAUCGCGAACAGCUGAUUUUAGAGAAGCGACGCGAGGCUAGGAGGAUGAUGGAGGACUCUGAGGAUGAGGAGAACGAUGACUCGUUUGAAGCUGCACCCAGGAGGCCUGCCCAAAGGCACUUGGGAGUCGGACGUCCGAGCCGUAGGCGAAGCAUGAGCACCGGCGAUGCCGAAGACCUCGGUACUAAACGUCGGGGCGAAGUGUUGUUGGACAUUGCCGAGUUGGGGUCUGACAGUCUCCUUGGCCACAUUGAGAAGGAGCUUAACAAGGCGAAGGAGGAGCCUAAGAAGACGGCACGUCCACAUCCCCUGUCCCCUCGCUAUCAAAUUCGCGAGCACCGACAAACGAUCUAUGCCUCCUCGUCCCAUGAGAAGGUUUCUCACAACUCGGCUGCUGGAGAUGUCGAUGCCGGACGCGCUUGGAGAACUGUUAGGCGACCUUCUGAUAUGAACGAAUAUGCCAAACAAAUCAGAGAGUAUCGAGCUCAAGACAAGGGCAAGGCGUACGGCAAAGUUUUCGUCAAGGUUCUCGCCAUCAAGGGUGUUCAUCUCCCUUUGCCUCGCGAACGCACUGCCAUUACUUGCACCUUGAACAAUGGUAUUCACUUUGUGACUACUCCCGAAUGUCAACUCGGAGAGACGUCCGCGAUCGAGCAAGAAUUCGAGCUCAUCGAACACAGCAAGCUAGAGUUUACCUUGACUAUUAAGGUUCGCCGUGAUCCCCAUAUCGCCGCCCAAUUCCAGGCAUUGGCAGCACCCCCUGCUGCACCAAUAGCUCCGGUUCCCAUUCCCCCUCCCAUGGUACAAACCGCCUCGAAGAGUAGCGGCAUGUUCAGCCUCUUCUCAUCGUCACCCAGGAAGAAAGACAAGCACCUCUCUCGCCCUCCCCCUGCUGUGGCGCCGCCCCCUCCUCAGCCUUCCGUUCCUCAUAGACUACCGGAAAACUUGGCGAGAUACCUCAAACCCGAUGGGACGAUGGCCCGUGCCUUUGUUUGCUUCAAGGACAUUGUGCAUCGCUGCGACACCCGCUUGUUCGAGACCAGUUAUCCGUUGAUUGGCCAGCGAGCUGAGCUGGGCGGCAAGUUCUCUACCCAACAGGUCGGAGAGAUUGUCCUCCAAAUGUUCAGGCUGCCACCGCUCCCAGGCAUUCCUCAGGAUCAGCUUCCUCAGAGCCUUGAGGAGUGCCACCGGGGUCUCCGACAUAUCAAUUGGCACAAGAUGACCUACUUCCAGGGAACACUUACACAGAAUGGUGGUGAUUGCAGUACGUGGCGUCGGCGACAGUUCCGUGUCAUUGGAGGCAGCCUCGUUGCCUUCAACGAUGUCACCAAGAAGGCUACUGCUACCAUCGACCUCAAGAAGGCGAUUGCACUCGAAGACGAUGCAGAGUGUAAAGAUCAUAGUCGGUACGAAACUGCUCUGUAUGGCGUUGAAAGAUCUUUCCGCUUGAUCUUCCCCGACAAUGAGGAGAUCAUGUUCUUCGCCGAUACGGACGAGGAGAAGAGUAGAUGGCUUGAUGUCCUCAGGGCGCUGGUUGGACACAUCCCACCUCAUCCUCUCUGGGCCGAGCUUCUCUGGCAACGCCAAGAAGAACUCACUAAACGUGCACAGGCCGCACGACAAGUAGCGAAACCUUACGACCCUUCCACGAACGCACAGCAAUCGAGAUAACGAACGAUCACGUCUUCAAAAUGCCCGCAACGUUCCUCCUAUCCCCCAUUUCCUCUAUCCUUACUCAUGGUCUUAUGAACUUUCACCUCAAGUCUACACCUCUGAUCAAUCUUCUUUAUCCAGUUGUUUCACAAAUUGCUGUGUACGUUAUCGCGAGUCAUUCUUGGGUAAUUGACUAUCGUCGUGUUCUCCCUUUUUCAACUCUUCGUUCUUUCGCUCU